UCAGUAACGAAUAAGUUAAACUAGCGUGUGGAUUGGUCUGUUGUAUAGAAUCGGUUUACAUGCAGAAAAAUUAAUAAAAAUACAUUUUUUGUUUUAUGGAAAAAUAUUAUUUAUAUGUUUUGUUAAUUUUUAUUUAUGUUUAAAAUUAAAAAUUAGAAAAAAAUAAAUACAAUUAAAACUUAUAUUUAGCAAAAGUGACGACAACGUACAAUUAAAUUAGAUUCUUUUUCUGUUUUAAGUGAACAUACAAACCUGCUGUAACCCCUCUUGUCCCUACUCGUUUCUUAUUUUUUUUUCUGUCGUUUUUUGCCUAACAACGUUGAAAAGUGCAGUGUUGUGACACUAUAAAAUCCCCCCAAAAGGAGUGUCAAGGUUGUGCCGCUGUGUGUAUACUGCAAGUCCUUCGCUCCCAGAAGUUUAUUUAUGUAAAAAAUGCGAGUGCUCCUUUGAAGUGUGUGAGAUUCUUCUUAAAAAAAUCGAUCCAAGGAUUUGAAUUGAAAAAUCAAUUUUAAUUACUUCCUACAACUAUUCUGCUAGUUGAAAUACAGGCUGGUCCUUAUUACCCUCCCAACACUUUGUGUGAAUUUAAAAAAAAUUAAGUUUUCUCUGAAACUGAUUUUUUUGAAGUAAAAUUGAAAAGUAAACAAACACCUGUCAGUUUGUGUGAUGUGAUUAUUUUGCAGAUCUUUUAAAAAUAGAAAUUCUCUCAAAAUUUGACACAAUAACGGUAUUCGUUUGCAGUUCGUCUCGUUUUUGUAUAUUUUCGCCCUCCCCCCAAUUCGCCGUAAUUUUAUUAUUUGGCACAAUUUUGCUUCUAUUUGUGUUUAUUUAUUUUUUUGUGUGGAAAAAUUUGUGAAAAUCAAUCCAAAAUUUUUUGUGGAAAAAAAGGAUGAAAAAUAAUUUUGUGUAAAAUUUUUCAUGUCGACAAUGUAAUAUGUUAGUUCAUCGUGUAGAAUGUCCAAACGACGAGUUACCAUCACGCACGUGUAAAAAAGUCGUGGAUAGUGCCGUUAGACUUUUUAUUUCUGCUCCUGGUGCAGGAAUUCGUCCUGAAAUGGCUGAGGAAAUUUCAGAAACUACUCCUGGCAAUGGUGGUGGUGGGGCAAUACAGCAGCAAAGAGCUGCUGCUCCACCUCCUUCUUCAAACAGGACAAUGACACAACAACAACAAAUGGCUGAUAAUAACAAUUACAAUGACAAAACAAAUGGCCAACAACAGCAACAAACAACGACGACGACGAAAAAUAAAACAAAAAUUCUAGACGAAACUGAUAGCAAUAGUGGUUUAAGCAGCUCCCUACCGCAACCACAACCCCCUCAAACAAAGGGUGGAUGUGGUGGUGGGGGCAAGACACAAACAACAACAACUACUAUGACGACGAUUUAUGACUGUUCAAGACCAGAGUCUUGCAUUAGCUUGAAGACGAUUUUGAGUUCGUUUAAUGCUCCGCUGUCGGAGGAACAAGCGUGGGCGCUGAUCUAUCAGUCGGUAAAAUUGUACAAGGAUGUGUUCCAGAGACAGGAUACUCAAUUUUCCAACGCAGACGUGCCAGAUAAUCUGGAAGAUGUCAGCGUUCACAAUGAUGGAACGGUGCAUAUUAGCUUCCGCCAACAAAAUGGUGAACAUAACGACUCCACAACCAUAGCAUCCCAUAAAAAGAUUGUUUGCAAACUUGGAAUGAUCGUUUAUACCGCGCUAGAUUAUAACCUGCAAGCUGAAGAUGAAUGUCCUAUGUCACAAGAACUGGAACAACUCAUAUCGCAUAUGACCGCUGAUGAUGCCGACGAUGACUGCAUUGACGAAGGCAUUGACGAGGGCUACAAGCGAUGGGAUGAUGAAUCUGAGUGCAUGAUCGAUGAGAAAUGCAACAACGAAACCAAAGACUUGGACUAUGUUCUAGAGGCCUGCAAAGAUCAUGUCAAGCCAACUGUACCUGAAGAUCACUACAAAGCUGUUUGUCGUGCGCUUGUAACCGAAGCAUUAGAAUUACGAAUAUUUUUACAAAAAGUCUUUAAUGGUGAUACUGAAUCGUUGCGGAUAAAAGCUGAUUCUCAAACUUCUAAGCAGGAACUUGCUAAACUGGGAUUCAGUGAUUGGACUGAAGUGGAAAUUUGGAGGGCAGUUCAAGCAAGAUUUUGGGUGCAAGUUGUUGAUCAACUUAGACGAGGUGUGAGGCUGAAGAAGAAUGAAUUUUCAAGGACACCAGUUGAAUUUGAACUGACGCCUUACGAAAUUCUUAUGGAAGACAUUCGAUCAAGAAAGUACAAUUUGCGUAAAGUGAUGGUAAAUGGUGAUGUACCAAGGCGUGUGAAAAAAGAUGCUCAUGCUGUGAUAUUGGAAUUUAUAAGGUCACGGCCGCCAUUAAAGAAGGCCUCUGAGCGUAAAUUACCACCUCCGAUUAAAAGAACUCCAUCCCCAAGGGAACAACUAAUGGACUCCAUCCGAAAAGGGCGAGAAUUGAAGCAUAUACAACCUCCAGCACCUUUGAGGCUAAAAGAUCGAUUACUUCCACCACCGUCAUCGUCGUCAUCACAAACCGUGGAGACGCUCAAGAAAGAGGAGCGGUCCGAAGCGCACAGCUCCCCCAGAUCGAAGCAGAGGCUAAUCAAAGUCGACUUCUCAUUGCUCCAGGAUGAUAAUUAUUUUGACGAUUCGCCAGCAUCUGGAUCAUCGUCUAUUAUUCAUCAGCAAACCUCAUCGAUUUGUUCACAGCCAAAAAUGCCUCCAUAUCCAAUUGGAGGUUAUAUGCCUGCCACAAUUCCACCAGCACCCACCAAAGUUGUGAGACGAACAAAGGAUACAAUUACAGAAGACGAAUAUCACAGAUUUUUCGACAACGCACUGGAAUCAUAUGAUCUUGCUACACAAUGCGAAUCACGACGUGCAUCGAUGCGACGGCACACUAUUGUCGGCUGCCAGAGUAAUUUAGAUGAAACGCAUUCAAUGCCUGCGUCUCGUCCAGAUUCCCGACAGUCUGAUGUGCAAUCAAUCGCCGCUGGCACAGAUGGCAACCACAGCAACAGCAAUAGCAGCAAUAAAAUGCAACAGCCACAACAUCAUCAGGUAAAGUCGAUUAUCAAAAAAGAACGGCCACAACCGCCUAGUUCUUCUUCUUCUUCGUAUACGAAAAUGUCAGAAAAACACAAGUCUUCAACACACGAUACUGAUACUCCUAAUAAAUUUCAACAGCACAACAAUAAUUUAGAUCAGAGCCCAGGUGGCGUUGGUGGCAGUGGCAGUGGCAGUGGUUUAGGCGGUGGUGGUGGUAGUAGCAGCAGUUGUAGUCGAUCAUCGUCGAUCGGUGCUUGGACCAAAUCGUUUCUCGACGAAAAGCAUUGGCGCGAACGAGGUGACGAUCGGCUAUCGCUAACUCUCGAAGAGAUUGUACACAUCCGCUCUGUGAUGACGAAGGCCGAACUGGAAGGUCUUCCGGUGGGAGUGCGUGUUAAGGAGGAUGUUGAACGACGGAAAGUGUGCUUUUUGUGCCUGCGAACACGUUUCAGUAUUUUCGGGCCAUGGGGUAUUCAGUGCAAACUUUGCCAAAGAACUGUUUGUUCAAAGUGCUACACUAAGAUGCGAAUACCAACUGAACACUUUCGCAACGUUCCGGUGGUGCUUAUAUCGCCAUCCUUGCUCUCAAGCCCGGCUGGUUCGAGCACACCCUCACCCUCACAUCAUGCGCACAUAAAUGCCGCUCAUACGUCUACAAGUAUCUUGGAUGAAUCAUUUCCUAAAUCAUUGAUUGAGCGAUUGCUUCGCUCUGAGUCAGAGCGAAAGACUCGUAAUUCGGUUGGCAGUGCUCCAUCGUCACCAAAACACCUAAGAUCAAACAUUAGUACUCCAGGUUCGGCUCAUGUUACUCAUGAAAUGACCAAGUCAAUGAUGACAGCUGCAAAUGCUGAAUCAUCAUCGUCAAACGGUGUCGAUGGAUACAACAAAGAGAAUCAACAAAAUGGCAGUGCCACAAAUAAAAACAUUAGCAUCAUGUCACGCAGCGUCGAAGGACCACGGAGCUUGCCAGUUUCAAGCCCAGCUAGACCUCAUUCAAAUAGUAGUACCUUGGAUAGAAAAACCAAAUUCACACGCGCAUUUACACUCUCUUCAUCGGGACACCUUAGUUCCGAUCAAAAGGAGAACCUUCGAGGAGAACUAAUGGCAGUGUGCAACGACUGUGAAGGUCUUCUGCUUGAGAUUAUACGAUCGUCAAAACAGACAAGAUCUUCAGCAAGAAAUCGUGCUCUUAAAAAUCUCACACUUGAUCUAUCGCCAGUUUAUAAGCGAUGAAUCAACUUAAUUCAUUUCUCUUCCAAUAUUAUCUUCAAUGUCAAUGCGCGAAAUCUUCAAAUUGUAAAUUAUUAAAAAAAAACAAA